UGUAUGUAUGUAUGUAUGUUGUAUGUCAUGUAGUAUCGUACCUGAAGAAUAUUAAAGAUUGAGCAGAUACAUAAAGUAAACGACAUUUAAAUAUACGCGUGAAAAACAUUUGACAAAAAGAAUUUAAUUGGAACAAUCAUUAAAAAGUUAUUGAGAAAAGCCUAAGUGCGUUCUGAUGAUACAUAACGUAUAUAUCUAAUGCUAGUCAAUGCAUGAAGUAAGUUGCAAUAUCUUAUGUUAUUUGAUUUCUGGAUCUAUCGAAUACGUCUUUUUAAGGUUAAAUAACUUUUAUAUGGAUUCUAAAAUUUUAUUUUUUUUAUAGAAUUUAAAUAAGAAUUCUUAAUUUAAAAAUAUUAUUUUUUACUUGUGGUAGAAUACAAUGUUGAGAUAUCGAAUUUGUCGCAGAGAUGGAUAAAAAGUAUAGUGUAUUAAAAAUAAUUUUUAUUUAUAAAAUUUUAUCGAUAUUAUAUAGAUUUUAAUAGAAUUUAUAGAAUUAUGAAUGCUAAAAUCAUCAUUUAUAGAAAUGAUUUUAUUUGAUGAAGAUAUAUUUACAAUGAUUUACAAAUAUUACUUUUACGCACAUUGAAAAUGAUAACUUUAUGUAUAGUAUGUUUAGCAUAACACGGUUGUAUUCUCAUUGGUUAUUCAUGAGCGGUAUAAUCCAAUCAGAAUAGACUUUUAACCGAUAGUUUAGCUCAUUCAAUUUUACCUUGUUAUAUCGUUUCGUUUUAUAGAAUAUAUUUAUGAUUGAAUGUAUUCUGUAUUUUAUUGACACAACAUAACCGAAUUAACAAUCUGUUUUAAUGUAAAUUAUUUUUCAAAUAUACAAUGUCUAUUGAAAUAGAAUCUGCUGAUGUGAUUCGUUUGAUACAACAAUAUUUGAAAGAAUCUAAUCUUGUAAAAACAUUACAAACUUUACAGGAGGAAACAGGAGUAUCACUUAAUACAGUGGAUAGUGUAGAUGGAUUUGUGGCUGAUAUAAAUAAUGGUCACUGGGACACAGUGCUUAAAGCUAUACAAUCUUUGAAGUUACCUGAUAAAAAACUGAUAGAUUUAUAUGAGCAGGUUGUUUUAGAAUUAAUUGAAUUGAGAGAAUUGGGAGCAGCACGUUCUUUGUUAAGGCAAACAGAUCCUAUGAUUAUGAUGAAACAGCAAGAACCUGAAAGAUACAUACAUCUGGAGAAUCUGCUUGCUCGUUCAUAUUUUGAUCCACGUGAAGCUUAUCCAGAUGGAAGUACAAAAGAGAAAAGAAGAGCUUAUAUAGCAACUGCACUUGCAGGAGAAGUUUCUGUAGUACCUUCUAGCAGAUUGCUUGCUCUUUUGGGUCAAGCAUUAAAAUGGCAACAACAUCAAGGUUUAUUGCCACCAGGAACAACGAUAGAUUUAUUUAGAGGAAAAGCAGCAGUGAGAGAUCAAGAGGAUGAAAAAUACCCUACACAGUUAUCGAAGCAAAUCAAAUUUGGACAAAAAUCACAUGUAGAAUGUGCUCGUUUUUCACCAGAUGGUCAAUAUUUGGUCACUGGAUCUGUAGAUGGUUUUAUCGAAGUUUGGAAUUUCACAACAGGGAAAAUAAGAAAAGAUUUGAAAUAUCAAGCUCAAGAUAAUUUUAUGAUGAUGGAACAAGCUGUUUUAUCAAUGUCUUUUAGUCGUGAUAGUGAAAUGUUAGCAGGAGGUGGGCAAGAUGGAAAAAUGAAAGUAUGGAGAGUACAAAGUGGUCAAUGUCUAAGGAGAUUUGAAAAAGCACAUUCAAAAGGCGUUACUUGUUUACAAUUUAGUAGAGAUAAUAGUCAAAUUUUGUCAGCUUCAUUUGACACCACUAUAAGAAUACACGGAUUGAAGUCUGGUAAAACUCUUAAGGAAUUUCGAGGGCACACUUCAUUUGUCAAUGAGGUUGUAUUUGCACCUGACGGUCAUAAUAUUAUUAGUGCUUCCUCAGAUGGUACUGUAAAGGUUUGGAGUUUAAAAACAACAGAGUGCAUAGGAACUUAUAAAUCUUUGGGUGCUGCCGAUUUAACAGUAAACAGUGUACAUCCUCUUCCACGAAAUCCAGAACAUUUUGUUGUUUGUAAUCGAUCAAAUACUGUAGUUAUUAUGAAUAUGCAAGGACAGAUAGUAAGGUCAUUUUCGAGUGGUAAACGAGAAGGUGGAGACUUUGUAUGUACGGUUGUAAGUCCACGCGGUGAAUUCAUUUAUUGUGUUGGCGAAGAUCUCGUACUUUAUUGUUUUUCCACAUCAUCUGGCAAAUUAGAGAGAACUCUUAAUGUACAUGAUAAGGACGUAAUCGGUUUAGCGCAUCAUCCUCAUCAGAAUUUGUUAUGUUCAUACAGUGAAGAUGGAUUAUUAAAGUUAUGGAAGCCAUGAACA